AUGAGUGUGGAUAUCUCUGACCCACGAAUCCAGCAGGCUUAUGCCGCUAUUGUCCGUGGAGACGCCGUCAACUGGUUAAUCUUGUCCUAUGCAAACACGAGGGACACUCUGACGCUUCUCGCCACGGGGACUGGAGGCAUCGAAGAGCUCCAGAGAACACUCCAAGAUGACGAUGCUUACUUUGCACUCGUUCGUGAACAGGACAAGAUAUGUCUCAUCAACUUCUUCCCAUCGUCCAUAUCCGGAGUCCGACGAGCAAGAGCUCUCGUACACGCCCGGGCCGUCACCAGUCUCUUCAAAGCAAGCAACGUCACCUUGACCGUUCAAAACGCACAUCAAGUCGAAAUCUCUGCUAUUCGUGCAAAACUCGGUCUCGAUCGUCUUCCGCUGUACGAGAAAGCACCUCGGGCCGCAAAUGGUCUCCCUCCGAAUCGUGCCAGUCAAUCCAGCGCGGUGGUGGCUGAGACGCCGACUCCGAGAGCCCAAUCCCCUGCUUCACUAACGAGUACGCGCUCAUCCCGACUCCCACAGUAUACCGGAUCGUCACUCGCGCGCAAGGAGGAGGAAGAGGCGCCUCCGACGCCCACAAAGCCCCCCACCGUGCUCAGACGUAUCUCUGCACAGGAGAAGCGAGACGCGCCAUUGCCUCCACCUCCACCUCCCGCAGAAGACGCGGAUGACUAUGAGAUUGUCAAUGCACCCAUUGUAACGGCAAAUGCAAUCGCCGCACGUUUGCGCGGAGUGUCCAUGGCCGAUUCCAUGUUCAGUGAUAAUCAAUCUCAAUACUCGACAGACACUGCCUACAAGACGUCACGGAUACGAGGACUCAGUGAGACUUCGUACACGUAUCGCGAGGAAUCGACGGAACUAGGCUAUCUCUCUGGCGAUACAACCUAUUCCCGGCCCCUCUUCCUCACCGAGGCGCAAGAGCAAGCAGCCUUGUCACGCGCCAGAUGGGCCGAAGAAAGAGAGGAGAUAGGAAACCCCCAUCGACGUGGGAGAACAAAGUCGGACCUUCAGCGUGAGAGGGAGCAAGAGGAGAUUGAAAUGGCUCGUGCCGCUGCAGAAGCGGCGGCUCGAAGAAAAUACGAAAAGGAACAACAGGCUCUUCAAGAGGCCGAGGAAGAGGAAAGGAAAAAGGUGGCAUUCCAAGAAGCGCAACGUCGAAGGGCAGCCGAUCGGUUGCGACGCGAGCAACUUCGCAGAGAAGAGGAAGAGCGAGAACGUAUUGCUGCUGAAGAGCGUCGAAGGGCAGCACAAGAACGACGACUUGAAGAGGCACGCAAGGCAGAGGAACGUCGCCUAGAGGAAAAACGUCGCCAGGAAGAACGGGAGAGACGAGAGGAAGAACGCCGACGCGCAGCGGAGUCGGAGCGCCUUGCCAGGAUGAAGGAGAUUCAACGCCGUUUCGAUAGUCUGCGUUUGACGGCUGGAGUGUUGCUGACGGGAUAUGUCUCUAUUCAACCUGGUACGAGCAUCGUCUGGCGCCGUCGUUUCUUCCAAUUGCAGAGUGACUGCAUGUUGUUUAUAAAAACGCCGAGGUAUGAAACCCAUACAGUGAUCGAUUCGUUUGAACUCAAGGGAUAUGUGACUGGAAUCAAGGAAUGGCAUCAAGGAUACGACGAUUUACGUGCGAUACCCCACUCUUUCGCAAUCGAAUUUAUGGAUGAACCCGCUUGGAUGAUGUUUGCAGACUCUGAAGAGGACAAGGAUGUCCUCGUCAGUCUGAUCACACAACUCUCCCGAGUAUAG